AUGCCCUCUCGUACUCCCACCGUCCAAACCAUCAACACCAGUGCCAUGUCCGGCACCACUGUCCGUCCCUCCAUCACCUCCCGCUCAACCGUCCAUGAAGCCACCGUCCUGGAAGAAUCCAACCUGCCUGGCGAUGCUGUCCCUGAAUCCCCCGAAGGCUGCCCAACCGUCAUCUUCCCCUGCAACCACCAAACCCGCAAUCUCCGCGAGCCCUACGGCACCUUCAUCUUCAAAGCCAACUACAACCCCUCCGACUACUUCUACACCAACUAUAUGCGGUAUCCCAAUAAACGAAUCCCACUCUCCCGCUACUGCGUCUUCUUCGAUCUCUCCUGCUCCUACUCCAACCAGCAUGAACUCAUCGCUGAUCUCCGUCUUGCAGGCAGCAGUGGCGAGGGCAAUAUCGGGACUGUCAGGGACCGGCGUCAGGGUCUGUCCGUUGGCAUCGAGGUCUGUGGCUACUUUUAUACGUAUGGCGAUGUUCAUGCGGCGGCUAAUAUUCGUCUUGGGCAGCUGCAUAAUAUGCUAGAUCGACGACUGGUAAAGUUUGUCUAUCCCCUUAUUGAGUAG